CCUGCCUCAUCAGUUGGCCAUGAGGGCUCAUACGGCCAGCGGACAUCUUCUAUUGUCCGUCUCUAUGGGGUAGAUACUCGGGUCUGUAUUCAACCUACUUGACCCAUUUUCUAAAAGCAAGGGUACCUUUCAAUCUGUUUCUUCUUUCCUACCCAACCAAGUCUCGUGGAAGUCCGGACGGCCCAGCGUAUCGUCCUUAGCCAUCAAACUGUUCAACCAGCGACACAACCCGGGGGAAGGAAGCGAAAUCAGUCUCGACAUCGUAAACGCUUUCAUCAUGCCUCGCGCUCCAGUGAUUUGUAUCACUCAUGGCGGUGGUCCGAUGCCCGUUCUUGAGCCACAAAUGGGAAGCCAUGGCCAUGACGCGCUUAAUGAGAGCCUCCGAACCCGCGUGCGCGAAAUCUUGAGAUUGGGCACAUCUGAAGCGCCUCGCGCCAUCGUCGUCAUCACCCCUCACUGGCGUCCCGAAUAUCCAACCGUAACUAUGGUUGAUAAGCCCCCGAUCUGCUAUGAUUUCGAGCCGAGUCACCCGCCUGCCGCCUGGGAUAUCCAGUACGAGGCUCCAGGGUCCAGCGAGGUGGCCAAUCUCGUCUACGACGCUCUUUCUGCAGUUGACCUGAAGCCCGGAAAAGACUUCGAUAGAGGCUUCGACCACGGAGUUUUCAUACCCUUCAUCUUCAUCAGCCCAUCAGGCGAGGUGCCUCUGAUAUCGGUCUCGAUCUCUAGUUCCUCAAACCCUGACAUGUACAGCCGGAUGGGUCAGGCGCUCGUCAAACUGCGAGAGGACAACAUUGCGGUUGUGGGCUCAGGUUUUGCUUCUUACCACAACGUGCCAAUGAUGCGAAAGCUCUACUUCGCUGAUCCUGCUUCAGAGGAGAUGACCGAGUGGCGCAACAAGGUCGCCAACUUCAACAGGGCUCUAACGGACAUCGUGAUGACAAAGGAUCCCGGGGAGCGCGCCAAAAGCCUGCUGAAAUGGCGGGAACUCCCAUCCGCAUACGACGUACACCCAGAUAAUGAAGAUGAGCACAUCCUGCCUCUGUUUGUUUCCGCUGGAGCUGCGGACAACAGCAAAGGGGGAUUCUUUGCUGAUCCAUUUGGUGGUGUUGAGGUGUACACCUUCUACUGGAGUGAAUGAUGAUGCUUUGAUUGAAGAGUUGUCUUUGGAAGCUUAGCCAGAAGAUAAACACAUAGACAUUUUGUCCUCAGAUAGUCAAAACGUUUGUUCAAUCUUGGAAAGUAAUUCAAGACGGAUUUUUACAAACUGACUGGGCUACCCAAGACUUCAUCU